AUGCAGUUGAUCGGCAUGCCACAAUUCGCCGCGUUGCCAGCUCGCGUGCCCAUUUUACAUAUGCUGAUGGCUGCGCUCAUGAUGUUCGGUCGAGCACGGACUGUUGGUUCCUGUUCGCAGGAUCGUGCGAGAACAUGGUCUCCACACAGCGGAGUUCCAUCCUCCCGAGCUAAGACACCACAAGGCUGUGGCGCUGUUGGCAGUCCUCAGAAGCCAAAGAAGGCAUGGUACUCAGCUACCAUGGGCUGUAACUUCAAUGCAAUCAGACGCUGCGCUCGUUAA